UCAUGUCGCCGUAGUGCGGAGAGAGAGCACUAACGACAAGCGACCGUGCAAAACAGGCCUCCACCCCUCCUCUCAGGGAAACGGGUGUCAGUCUGAGGAGUAAGGCGAGGAGAUCAUGUAAGCCUGCUGCACGUGAAGCUACACAGCUAUGGAGGAAAGGGCCCCGUGUCAAGUGAGGGGAAACUGUAUUUGGCCCCUACAACACACGGCGUGUUCCUCUCUUCAGCGAAUCAAAUAAACCUAAGUACCGUAGUAUUUUCACAACAUAUUCAAAUCCAGAAAGACGCACACAGACAUACUUGCAUGUACAACGACUAAGCUACAUCUUAGUAAGCCUUAUGGAGUGCAACAACUCUUGAUCGGAUAUCAGAGAGCUCCUUCUUGCAAGGUUCGUAUCAAGUGUGCAUUGGUACUGUUUAACCGCAUGGAGGCACCGCAAGCUUCUCCUGACAGCAGCAGUGAGGAAUGUACUGUAUUAGAGGCUCUGCCUGGAAAAGGAACUGGACUAACUUGCUCUCAACACAAAGGAAAAGUUUCUGAGUUGUACUGUGUGCCAUGUGAGAAUGCAGUGUGUGAAGACUGUAUGAACGCAGAACAUGCUGAACAUCCCACUGAUUUACUGGAAAAUAUUGUGAACGAGCAACUUGCAACACUGCAGGACAGAGUGGAUGCAGCUAAAAACAGGCUGCCUCAGAUAAAAGAAUCGGUUCAGGGCUUGAGAGAUAUUUUGCAGCAGUUGAACACUCAGCGUGGCUCUAUUGAAGAGGACAUCCAUUCCUCAUUCAGCGACCUUCACAAAACCCUCGACACACGCAAGAGCGUCCUGCUCAUGGAGCUGGAAGUCACGUAUGGACUAAAGCAGAAGGUUCUGCAGGGUCAGCUGGACACGCUUCUCCAGGAAGAAGCGGCCAUCAACUACAACUGCACCAUGACUGAAGAGGCCUUGGAUGGAGGCAACAAAGCCGUCGUUCUCCAGACAAAUAAAGACGCAGGAGAGAGACUGAGCGAACUGGCCAGCCAGGGCCUUCCCCUUCAACCAGAGGAAAACGACCAGCUGGAUCUCGUGAUGGAGAUCGAAGGACUGCGCAAGUCCAUCCACAACCUAGGAACCAUUGUCACCAGCAGCGCGGUGGCCAGCCAGACCGAAGCUUCGGGAGAGGGUCUGGAGCAGUGUGUCGUGGGUCAGCCCAUGUCCGUGAUCAUAACCACUAGAGACAAAUCUGGUGGACUGUGCAAGACCGGAAACGCCAUCAUCUCGGCAGAGGUCUUCACGCCGGACGGCAGCGUUGCGGAUGGCGAAAUCGUGGACUUUAAAAAUGGAACUUAUGAGUUUCAAUAUACGGUGAAGAAGGAGGGCAAUUUCAGUCUUGCGUUGAGACUGUAUGAUCAGCAUAUCAAAGGAAGCCCCUUUAAACUAAAAGUCGCCAGUUCUCCGGAUGACUCCCCGUGCACCACCACCGCAGCCAACGCAGCGUCUACGGGUUCAAGUGAAGGUGGGGCGCGGAAACGGAGCGCAAAGUCUCCUGGGAGCAGGAGCCGACAGAAGGGUGUGAGGCGGAGCGGAAGCUUGUUCAGCACCCCAAAGAAAAAAGUUAACCCGAUAGAGGAUGACCUCAUUUUUAGAAUAGGAACAAAAGGAAGGAAUAAAGGAGAAUUCACUAACACUCAAGGAGUAGCAGCUUCACUAGACGGAAAAAUCCUGAUCGCAGACAGUAACAAUCAAUGUGUGCAGAUAUUUUCAAAUACGGGAGAAUUUCAGAGCCGUUUUGGAGUACGUGGCCGGUCACCAGGGCAACUGCAGAGGCCAACCGGAGUCGCUGUACAUCCAAAUGGUGACAUUAUCAUCGCUGACUAUGACAAUAAGUGGGUCAGCAUCUUCUCUAGUGACGGCAAAUAUAAGGCUAAACUGGGCUCAGGAAGGCUGAUGGGCCCAAAAGGCGUAUCUGUUGACCAAAACGGUCACGUCAUCGUUGUGGACAACAAGGCAUGCAUGGUUUUCAUCUUUCAGCCCAGCGGUAAACUCGUCACUAAGUUUGGCAGCAGGGGAUGUGGAGAUAGACAGUUUGCUGGGCCACACUUUGCAGCAGUCAACAACAACAAUGAAAUAAUCAUCACAGAUUUUCACAAUCACUCUGUUAAGGUUUUCAAUGCAGAUGGGGAAUUCUUGCUUAAGUUUGGGUCAAAUGGCGAAGGCAAUGGCCAGUUUAAUGCUCCUACAGGGGUCGCUGUGGAUGUCAAUGGGAACAUUAUUGUGGCAGACUGGGGAAACAGCCGGAUACAGGUGUUUGACGGAAGUGGAUCGUUUCUCUCCUACAUCAACACGGCUGCCGACCCUCUGUACGGACCCCAGGGCCUCGCUCUCACAUCGGACGGCCAUGUCGUUGUGGCCGAUUCUGGAAACCACUGCUUCAAAGUCUAUCGAUAUCUGCAAUGACUUAAAAUAAUUAGUGACUGGUUGAUGGACACCAAAGUCGUAACGUACGUGUCCGGUUUUUGCACUUAAUUUGAUGUAUUGGUAUUCCCCUCUACAUUUACAAUGAACUUCUCCUUACUUCAUGGUUUCCACGUAUUUUGUAUUUGUUACUACUGUUGUAUGACGCUGUAAUACUAAAGCUUGUUGACGUGCAUUGUUCAUACAAUGCCUCGGAAUGCCUUUGCCAAAAACGACACACUGCAUUGUUGAAUUACUGAGACAACUGAAUGCAACAGUCAGUACACUACCCAAUGUUGAUGUUGGCUGAAAAUAUACAUGCUGCAUGUGUGGAUCAUGCAUGCAUCACUCAUUUGGAAAGGCCUGAUUGUAAAAUGCUCAGCAGUUUCAGUUUAUGGUGAAGCAGUAAUCUGCAAGAUAAAGUUUGUGUUGGUAUAUAACGUUGGCAAAGCUAUCACUUGUCUCGAUGAUUUUCCGAUGAAGUUGCAUUGAAAUAUAUACAAAAAAAAUGUGUCUAUGGCUCCAAGUUUCGAAAUUUGUCUUUUCAUCUUUAAACUGUUGCUGCAUGUGGCCAUACAUCUCACAGUUAACUCAUAGGAGGUCGGAUUAACAUUCCCACUAAUUCAUAUUCCAUCUGUGUCCGUUUAAUAAGUCCAUAAUUGAAAGUUAGUACUCCGAUCGGUGCAGCCUGUCCAUAUGCAAAAUGCAUAGUGUGAUAUUUUGCCAUUUAAAGUUUACCACUCGCGCUGUUUAAUGACAUACAGUACAGUACUGUUUGUGUUUGAGGCUAACAGUAGAUUACACAAUGCACUGUUGCCGACGUGCAUACUUAUCGAAUGAUGCUAGCAUACUGUUUAUUUAGAAAAUAUUAGGACUCUAUAUUUUCCUUACAAAUACUAUUAAAAACUAAAAAAUAUCUAUAUAUUUGUGAAAUUAAUGUUUCAAAGAAAAGAAUGGGUGGUGUUUUGUUUGAGUUUCAAGAUGCGUUUCAGAUCACUUGUGGCUUAUAGUUAAGGAAUUGAUUUCCAUCGUAUCAUUACGGGCAUGCGUCACAUAAAUAGUACUAAUAACAUACAAGCUCCAAAAUACUUAAUAGCAAUAGUAAUACCUUUAAUUCAGUUAUUUUAUUAUUGUCAAACAAUGUAAAGUUUUAUGUUCUUGUUCCAGAAUGUGGAAAUGAUUUUGUUUCAGUACAGUACAUUUAUACUGUAAAUUAUGUAUAUGAUUUAAUGGGUGCCAAUUUUAGUUUUCUGUAUAUGAUGAUUGUCAUUAAAGAAUGUUUUAUGUUGAUCAAAUAAGAGAUAUUACUUGAAUGUUAAUGAUUUGCUGUAUAAAAUCAGCCUUACUUCAGCCUCAUUUAUGGAAAUGUUUCUCAUUCGUAUUUUAUUGAUGAUUUCAGUAGGUUUAUAUUUGCAUACUUUGUUGAUGUGCGCUUGUUUACAGUUUGCUUGUUUGCCGGGUUGAUUUUUCUAACAUUGCUGUCAAUUCAUCAAAGACACUAUCAAUGUACAGAGCAUUAAAAUGUGACUUUGGGAAAA